CUGGCCCCCCUCUGCCUCUACACUGUGCUCCAGCCUCCACCUCCUGCGGGACGCGGACACCGCCUAGCGAGCCGGCACCAUGAGCAUAGACGAUUUUGUAGGCAAGUGGAGCCUCCUGUCCAGCGACGGCUUUGACGAGUACAUGAAGGAAUUAGGUGUGGGUAUGGCCCUGAGGAAAAUGGGGAGCAUGGCCAAACCAGAUGUUUACAUCAUCAAGGAUGGAGAUACAAUCACCAUAAAAACAGAAAGCACCCUUAAAUCUUCACAGCUCAACUUCAAGCUGGGUGAGAAAUGUGAGGAAACUACAUUAGAUGGCAGGAAAGUUCAGACUCUUAUCACCUUCGAUGGUAACACAUUGAUUCAGCUCCAGCAGUGGGAUGGCAAGGAGUCCACAAUAACACGGAAGAUAGAGGAUGGGAAACUGGUGGUGGAAUGUGACAUGAAUGGUUGCAAGUGUAAGAGAGUCUACCAGAAAGCAUGAGGACAUUGUCUCCAUACGGGGUUGGAGCUUGCUACAAACCAGCUCAGUUUAGUGAACAAAGCUCCUCUACUCUUCAGGUUUUUCCUUUUCCCUGUUUUGUAGUAUUUCAAUGGACUACACAGCUGUGUGCAAUCAUAGUUCAAAGCCAUGAUGUAACUAUUCUGAACGGUUGUGGCUGUUAAAUAAAAUUUUCAGAUAUAUGAAGUGGAGCUGUUGUCAAUAUAAUGGAAUUUUAAAGGUUUUCUUUUCCAAGUAAAGAUUUAUAAAAGUUCAUUAGUUAGGCAGAGGAGCCUAAAAUCAGUACUAAAUCACAAAUGAUGGGGAUAUCAUCUCACUGGAACAGUUAAGGUAUAGUUGACAGCAAACUGCAUUUUGGUUCAGCUAUUCAUAUUUCAUUGAUGAUAAAGGUAAUACAAUUGUAUCAAGUGGCACAAUCAUUGUUAUGGUGCAGAAUCUUUCUAACCACUUUAAGAUAGUGCCUGUUGCAAAAGUAGUAGAGUUGAACUGGUACAAACUGAGAGGAAAACUUCAUCCAUUGUGUUUAAACAGCUGAGCACAUUUUUAGUUGGUUGCUUUCUGGUGAGAAUCAACACCCUCUAACCCAACUAGUCAGCUUGUACAUUUAGGGGCCAAUAGACAUGAUAAAACUUAAGCAAGUGCUGAGGUGCUUUGCUGAAAGGAAGCCUUAAUAUGGAAAUCCACUUUCUAUUCUAUUAGCCUUUUCUUAAUAGCAAUAUUUUCUAGCAACAUUUUCUUAUUUCCUUUUUAGUAACAUUCUGAAAAUCCAAAACCAUGAACGACUGAAAUAUUUCCUGAAAUUAAAAGCCUCAAUUUUACUUGCUCAAAACAUUUGGUAAUGCAGUUUAUGCUUACAAGUGCAAUAAUAAAUUAACCCAAAUAUUAA